GCUACCGAGGAUCAGAUUAGAGCAAUUGUGGAGGGGUUUAACGACGUGAAUGUGCUUACGGCGAAUGGGUUAUGCCUGGGUAACGAAAAGUUCAUGGUCAUUCAAGGUGUUCCUGGCGUUAUCAUUCGUGGAAGAAACAAGCAAGACGAG